CAGUGCCCCGAGGCAUUUGGGGGGACUGUAUAAAGCUUACCAAGAUCUGGGAGCUGAACAAUGUGUUCCCUGAUUCUUUCUCACUCAUCCUACCUGCUGCUUUGGCUCAUCCCAGUGGAGAACGAUGUCAUCCCAGCAGCAUCAAUACCCCUCCCAGCAGCCUCAGCAGCAGCAGGUGAAACAACCCUGCCAGCCACCCCCGGUCAAGUGCCAGGAGCAGUGUGCUCCCCAAACAAAGGAUCCCUAUGCUCCUCAAACCAAGAACCCAUGCACACCCAAGGGCACGGUUGUACCAGGCCAGCAGAAGUGCCCACCAGCCCAGCAGAAGUGCCCACCUGCCUAGCAGCCCAAGCAGAAGUAAAAGCCACUGGGACCCAUGCCUAGCCAUGCCCUCUCUCUGUGGGAACCAUCUAUAUAGAGAGAUUCCUCAUCUUCCUGUUUCCUUUAGACCCUCCCAUUUCCUGCACUAGGAGGCCAGUAGCUCCAACAGGUUCCCCUACUUUAGCCCCAGCCCUGCCUAAGCCCUAGGUGGGGCAGUAAAUCUGCUUACUCCAUGUUCUCUGAGACCUUGAGCCCAGACUUGGGAGAGGAGAGCUGACUCAGCUUUACUUUCACCGUCUUCUCCUUUCCCUCUCGUGGUCAGUCACAAGUCAGGCUCAACUCAGCAGCCAGAACAGCCCAGGUGGGAGAAUAUGAUGAUUUGGUCUGUCUCAGAUUCCAUUGCCCUGAUGGGAAGAUGGAAAGUCUAAUGUACAACUGCUCCUGAGGGUCCUCUCUCCCUAAUCCAACCCAUGUAUCCUUCCUUCCCUGACCUUCUCCUCCCAAUAAAGCCGAUGGUACAUGUUACCACAUGUCGCCUGGCCUGUUCUUUA